AUGCUCCGCGACCCGAAGCUGCAGGGCAUCUGCCUCGUUAUCGACGCACUGGACGAGUGUAUAGGUGGCCUACCGCAGCUACUCGAGUUGAUUGUCGAGACCUCGCAAGCAACCUGCGCUAAGUGCCUCGUCUCAAGCCGCAACUGGCCGCAGAUUGAAGAAGAGCUGUCCAACGUGGCGCACAGGCUAUCACUCGAAGUCAAUGCGAAGUCGGUCGCAGCGGCUGUGGACAGCUACAUCUUGCACAAGGUGUCCCAACUUAUACAACGGAAGAGCUAUCGAGACAACACUGCUGACGAAGUACGCCAGUACUUGUCGUCGAACGCUGACAGCACUUUUCUCUGGGUCGCCUUGGUCUGUCAGGAACUUGCGAAGACACGCCAAGGGAAUGCUUUACAGAAAAUCAAGUCUUUCCUGUCGGGUCUUGAUUCCCUCUAUCGACAGAUGAUACAAUAA